UAGUAGUCUGAAUGUUUCCUGAAGUAGAGUGAAUCUUAAUUGCAUUUUACGCUUUCCUGUCUUGAAAUUUUCUGUAAUCAAAAUGUCGUAGAGAUAUAAAUCUCUGAAAACAAGUCUUGUUAAUUACCUUUUUUAUUUCGAUUUUAAUAACAAUGGCCGCUGGUGAAAUAGCAUUGAGAAGAAACAAGGAGGCUGAGCUGUCUGUGUUGAUUGAGUUAAAGAAUAUGGUGAGGAACGGUAUUGGGGUUGAUCUAGAAUUGUGCUGCUCAGACGGAACAGUUCCUUGGUUCUCGUCUUUGUUAAGUACUGUCAGUCCUUUCCUUCGUUCUCUAAUGGUUGAGAAUAGCUCUGAUCCAGGACUGAUAUCCGUCCUACUCCCAGAUAUUCAGACAAGUGAUAUUAAACUGGUUCUCAACUCCCUGUUAGAACUGGAGGAUGCUCCCCUGCUCCUGGCACCUGGAGAACAAUUGGAUUCUCUCCAGUGCAUUCUAAACCUACUCUCCAUCUCAAGUCUGGAAAUGGUUCAGUCAAAAGACAGUACGGAUGUUCAGAAAGUAGAUAAAUGUCUAUACUCCAGGAAGGUUAAAGAUGAUGAUAAAGACGGUUUAGACAAUCCUAACGAUAUUGAAGAUAAUCCUAGCAAGGUUGAAUACGACGAAGAUGAGAGUAUGGUGGAUGAAUCUGAUUCUCCCUCCGACCCACCAGUAGACGAAACACCUGUCUCUACUCCCCCUUGGCGGAAGGUUGGACGUCCUAAGAAAGGUUUUGAGAUGGACCUGAGAAAUGAGAGCAGGUUUAUAAUCCCUGUAUCCGGGUCUGAUGGUAAAUCAACCUAUCAAUGUGCUGAAUGCAGUGCAUUCUUUCCAAGAAAAUGGUCUAUGUUAAUGCACGUGAGAUCACAUACCAAGGAUAAACCCUAUCCUUGUGAGUACCCGGAGUGUGGAGCAAGGUUUGCACGUCAGCAGAAUCUAUGGAGACAUAAGAAAACUCACACAAAGGAGAAACCUCACAGAUGUACAGUGUGCGAAAAAUCAUUCUGCGAGAGAAAGGACAUAAAUACACAUCUACAAACUCACUAUAGAAGAAGAGGGGCGAGGAUACUAAAUAAAAUACCGGAUAACCGUCAGAUGUUACCGUCUUCUCCUGUACACAGCUUAGAAUCAGCUUUAAAAUCAACAUCUUCCAAAGAAUAUUUUAGUUCGGAAAACGAUAAAUUCAAUGAACCAGGACAAGGAUUGAAUACAACUAGCUCGGUUAAUCUCAACAUCAAGAUAAACAGUGUUGAGCAGGGAAACAGUGAUUCCAGUUUGAUCUGUGAGAAGCAGAGACAGGAUAUCAAUCAACUAGAAACCAGGUUCCCAUGUACUGUUUGUGGAAAAGUUCUUAAAAGACGAGCAAACGUGGAUAUACACAUGAGGCUUCACACCGGAGAUAAAUCAUAUUCGUGUGACAAAUGUGCGUGUUCCUACUUUACUGGGUCAGCUCUACGUAAUCAUGUUCUGAGUAAACAUGGUGGAAUUAAACAUGAGUUCCUCUGUACUAUCUGCGGGAAAUGUUUUAAGAAGAAGGCGAACCUGGAAUCACAUAUUACAAUUCAUACUGGGGAGAAAAAAUAUGCCUGUCCUCAUUGUGAGAAAAGGUUUCGAUCUCAUUCUGUUUAUCAGAACCAUCUCCGGUUUCAUGGGGGAAAAAAGGAGUUUGUUUGUCAAUAUUGUGGUAAAGCAUUUAUGCAGAAAUCCCAUUUAUCUAGACACACCGCCACCCAUACUGGGGUAAAGAAGCAUAUUUGUCCAGUUUGCUUCAAACCUUUCAUCGAACCUGGAGAUGUAAAGAAACAUAUGAAAACUCACCGUGAGGAAUCCCAGGGGAUACCUAUUAUUAUUCCAAAAUCAGGAGUUAACAUUAGUCUGAAAGAUGAGAACUCUGGAAUUAUUUGGUCCGGACCUGGAGAAUCAUUUCAAGAAUCUUUCAUCUAAUCUAGGAUCACCACGAUUCUUAGUCCUUUGAUCUCCAACACAGACCUGGUCAUGUGAUCAUAUGUUAGCAAAUUAAUCUUAAUAUGUUUUUAAUGACUAGUGACGAUGGACAACAAUGGCUUUCAAAUAUUUCUAAACAAAAAGUUGAAUUUAGCAAAGAAAAGUUAUUUUUCAGAAA